AAAACCGCGCCAUGAUGAAUGUUUGGUUGGGUGUAUUUCGUUUCCUGUUUUACAAAAAAGCUUGAGAAAAUUAAGGGUGUUUUCUAAAAAAUUUAUUGUGCUUAUCGCCCAGCUUGUCUGAAGUGUGCCGCUACCGAUCUAUCGCGUUCUCUCUCCACCCAUCACCGCCGCUGCAGUUUGGGGGCCUGGGAAGCUGCAUCAAUGAAUUGGGUGAUUUUCAUCAUAUGGCAACUGGAUUUUAUGAAACAGAAGAUGCAAAGAUUUGGCCGGCAAAGCUUGAAAAGUUGUUUAUAGACAUUAUGGUGAAGGAAAUGCACAAAGGAAAUAUGCGAAGGGGCAUUUUUAAACAUAUAACUUGGUGCAAAAUUUUAGAAGAACUGAAUGAAUGGGGUAAGCAAUCUUUCAAAUUGAAACAAGUUAAAGCUACAUUUAAUAGACUGAGGCAAAAAUACUGUGUUUUUUCUCAACUCAUACAACAAAAUGGGUUUGGUUGGGAUGCUGAGACAAAUACUGUUAUCACAAGUCCUAAAACUUGGGAAAGUUAACUUCAGGUAAGUAAUGUAACUUACAUUACAUAAACCAUUUUGUGGUUUGCAAACCCUUAUGCUGAGAAAUUCCAAGAGAAGGGUUGCGAGCACUUUAAGUUGUUGGGAAUUCUCUUCAACAGAAUAGCUACCAUGGGUGUAUUGGCUAUUUCUUCUAACGAACCUGUACCAGACACAGAUGAGGAGUGUGAGCUUGAUGAGGAGUAUCUCAAUGCAAUCUAUGUUGAUGUGGAUCUUGAUAGUCCAGAUGGCCAUGAGAAGAUAGUGAGUCAGAAGUGCACCACACGUAGUGGGAAGCGUCCUAUGCAUUUAGAGACCAGGGGUAGGAAGUGUUCUAGGAAAGCUGAUAGCUGUAGUCAAUUUACUGAUGCAAUUAGGGCAUUUUCUGAGUAUUCUAAGUUAAGAUCGGAAGCAAGGGUAGCCAUGAUGAAGGAAAAGGAAAAACGUAAGCAGCAGGAGGGUAAAUCUGCGACCCCAUACCAUGAAUUUUCCCUUCCGAACUGUGUGAUUGCGCUUAAGAACCUUGGUGCUAUUGACGACAAUACCUACAGGUUGGCCAUGGAUAAAUUUGUUUCAGCAGACUGGAGAGAGAUAUUCAUGAGUAUGUCUAAUGCUAGGAAGAAGGCUUGGUUGGAUCGUCUUAAGUAAACUGAUGCACAGGACUUCAUUUUGAGCAAGAUCCUGGAUAGAUUUUGUAGUCAAUGAUGUAACAUCUUCUGAAUCUAUCUUCAUACGAUUUUUAGCUUCAUCUUUUUUAUUUACUCCUUGCUAAGUUAUUUAUAUUGAAUCAGUUUUAUAUACUUCUUUGAAAAAGCAUGCUUAUUAUUGUGGGUUACAUUUGAGAA